UUGUUAUCAUUUUGGGUAAUACAAGACCAAGUCUAACCAAUAUUUGUUGUGAUGUGAGAAUACUUAUAUUGAACUUAUUUUAAAACUGAAAUUACUAUCUGCAGCUAAUGCUAACAUAAUAUGUGAAAACUUUUGUCAUUGAAAAAUCUUUGUAUCAAUGAAAUCUAUUGUUCGUAUGGUUCCAAAUACAAUAAAUAAUAAGCCGAUAGAGAGAUUUCAUAGCGGCUUCCCUUAAUCAUGGAUUUUGUUACAAUUCUUUAUUAUUCAAUCAUAUACGGUGUUUGUUUUGCUUCAAGCACUGUUGCUGUGAUAACAUUUAUCUUUCUUAAGUUUACUGAGCCGUAUCCAUUAGUUGAACGUUCGAAAGAAGAGGAAACUUACAAUGAUCCAUUAACAAGUUCUAAAAAGAAGUUCCCCGAUUUGGAACAACCCUGUGAAGUCCAUCUAAGUGUUGUUGUACCUGCCUAUAAUGAAGAAGACAGAUUACCUCCAAUGCUUGAUGAAGCUAUAAAUUUUUUAGAAGACAGAAUUAAAAAAAAUCCAUCAUAUAAAUAUGAAAUAAUUGUAGUAAGUGAUGGAAGUAAUGAUAAAACUGUUAAUGUGGCAGAAAUGUAUGUGAAGAAAUAUGGCUGCGACAAAAUUAGAUGUCUAGAACUGAUCAAGAAUAGAGGCAAAGGUGGUGCUGUUCGAUUGGGUGUCAGUAGUUCAAGAGGAGCUUCAAUACUAUUUGCGGAUGCUGACGGAGCAUCUAAAUUUGAAGACUUAUCUAAACUGGAAAUAGCUCUAAAGGAAAUUAGUCUUUGUGAUCCAGUUACACAACCAGAACAAAUAAGUGAAUGUAAAUUCAUAGUAAUUGGAUCUAGAGCUCAUUUGGAAAAGGAAUCACUAGCAAAAAGGAAUGUCUUCAGGAACAUACUAAUGUAUGGGUUCCAUUUCCUAGUAUGGCUAUUUACAGUAAAAGGUAUAAAAGAUACUCAAUGUGGAUUUAAGUUAUUCACUAGAAAGGCUGCCAAAAUAUGCUUCCAAAGUCUUCAUGUUAAUAGAUGGGCAUUUGAUGUUGAACUAUUAUAUAUAGCUCAAAGAUUAAACAUUCCAAUUGUUGAGAUUCCUGUCAGAUGGACUGAAAUAGAUGGCUCUAAGGUGACACCAGUUUUAUCCUGGAUCCAGAUGGGCUUGGAUUUAGGCCUGAUUUGGUUUAAACAUAGAAUUGGUGCAUGGAAGAUUAAAAGUCCUGAAUAGUCUGUAAAAGCACAAAAUUUUCUAAAAAUCUAAUUAUAAUAAUUAAAGUAUUUAUCAUUGUUCUUUU